CUAUUUCCUGUUACUUCAGAAUUCACAGUAGAAGAAGAAUGCAUGCUUGCGACAUGCAAGUGUCCUCGGAAUCCGAAUAGUUGGAUCUUGUAUUUUUUACCUCUGUGUUCUUCUGUCUGGUUGUGUUUGUCAAUUACGGACCCUUCGGAUAAACGCUUCCUGGGAUCUUCUUGUUCCUCAGCAUUGGGAUUUCAUAUUAAAAGAAGUCAUGUUUAGAAGAAUACCCUUGACACAGAUGGUCUUUGUCACACUGCUUGGAGUAGGUGGUGGGAUUUAUAUCUAUAAACCAUACUUUGAGCCUGUGCUGCAGACCCCAGACAGACAGCAAAACCAGGAUGUGCCAAAGAAACAGUGAAACAGACAAUUUAUCAGAAUAAUUCAUCACUCUGAGGAAAUGCUUCAGACAGAACCCAAAACAGUCCCAUCAGAGGCUGCUGGACUGUCAGAGCUGGAGAUCAAGCUGAAGACAAGACCAGCAUGGAUAAAGUCAUGUCCCUCCGGGGUUCUUGUGUGAUUGUUAGUGUACAGAAAUAAAAAUGUUUAAUAAUGUG